UAAGCAGAGUACAUUACACAUUUCGACGAAAAAUAGGGGAGAGGCGGAAAGGGAAGAUGUAUCUUCCUGUUUGGGUUGCUACAUCUAUUUGAAAUAAGUUUCUAAGAACAGCUUUUACACUGUAAUAAGCUGAGAUUCAACAAGCUUUUUGCUCAACUCAGAAGUUUCUGAAGUUGGUUGAGGCGAUCACACGGAGCGACGAGCCAACAGUUCAGAACAAGUGGAAGUCCCUUGGGACGGAUAAGUUCUGGGUGAUCGUUCAGAAAUCCACAGUAUAAAAUUAUUUCGAAAAACACAAUAGAUGCCAUAAAAUGGAUCAAGUUGAUAGAAAAGCAAGCACAAAAGAGUUUGAGGAAGAAGGAAUAGUUAACCAAGAGUGUGUCACUGUAGAAUCGACAGAUGGUUUAGCCAACAGGGACAAGGCAACAGUGUCCAGUCCACCAAAAAUCAUAUUCUGUGUAAGAGAACCUGCACCAAACCACAGUGCACUUCUUAAAGGAAUUCCAAAUGAGCCUAUAUCUCAACCAUUGGACAAUCAAGUUCUGUUUGGGCGUGGUCAUGGAGUGGGGGUGUUUUUGAAUGAUGAGGAAGCUUCGCGAGAACACAUGAAACUCUUCUUGCAAACAAACCCUGCUACUUAUGAAAAUGUGUUUGUUGUUAAGACUGUGAGCAGUACCAAGCCAGUUUAUAUCAAUGGAAGUCCCUUAUACAAGCAGGCUGGGGAGACAGUCCUGAACACCAAUGAUAGACUUAAAAUAGGACAGCUGGAGUUCAUUGUCACUGUCGAACCAGGUAAUUCAGUGGAUUAUUUCCAACUUGAAUUCACCAGGAGUGGGGUUAAUCUUCAACAGCCUAACAUGCAAGAAGCAGUAAAUACUCCACAGUUAAGGGGAGGUGUUAACCCAGGGCAAGUAUUCAUGGCAAACCAGGUUGGUGCUGUUAUUCUGCCCAACAAUGGAGUGCCUGCAAAUCCAGCUGUUAACAUGAACAUUUCAGCCAAUGGAGGGGUUUCAUAUUAUGGAAUGCCCAUGGCACCCACCUACCAGCCCAUGCCUGUUGGAAUGGGUCACCCCACCUACCACCCCAUGUCUGCUGGAAUGGGUUACUCCACCUACCAGCCCAUGCCUGCUGGAAUCGGUCAUCCCACUUGCCAGCCCACACCUGCUGGAAUGGGUUACCCCACCUACCAGCCCAUGCCUGCUGGAAUGGGUCACCCCACCUACCAGCCCACACCUGCUGCAAUGGGUCAAUCCUUUUUUCGACCACAGCCAACACAUCCAAGAUUUCAUAGCAGUCCUUGUUCUGAGCCUCAGCAAGAGUCGUUGCCAUCAGGAAUCUAUGGUCCUGCGUUACACGAGAAUGGACAUGCAUCAGCACAAGAUAGAAGGGAAAUGUUUCUUGCCAAGCAGCCAUCUGAGCAAAGUGAAGUUCCUACCGAAACUGGACUAGAAGAGGACUCUCACAUUUCAAUACAGGAGACUGGCAAGCCAAAAACUCUUUAAAAAUGUAAUAAAAUAUUAUAAUGACAUGCCAUUUCUCUUGCCAUGUACCUGUUAACAAAGUGAACAUUUUGAGGUGUAGUAGUCCAGGUGAAGUAGGCCUUUAACCAGAAGAAAACAGGUACACUCUACAAUAUGAUGCACGAGGAAACAUGCCAGCAAAAGCAGUCAAUGCUGAUCACAUACUUAAGGAUGGUGCCUCCUCGCCUCCUCAUUAAAUACAGGCAUUUUUCCACAUAGUUUAUGCCUGGCCCAAAAAGCCUGGAGAUGCUAAAAACAGCAAAACAUAGGAUAAGAGUGCUUCAAGCCCACAUGGUGGGCACUAGAAAGGGGAAGGAAAGGGAGAAUUGGGCAUGGAGGGCUGCAUGCUCUUUCCCCUUGCUUUGUGCACUCACGCUUGAUUUCCCCCUUUCCCUUCCCUU